AUGUCAAGCGAUAGUCAUUUUCAAUGUCAAAAGUGUGAUUCACCAUUGAAAUUGGAUAAAAGUUUGCAAAAUUUAAACAAUUCUCAAUUGAAAUUACUAGUCAACACCAGAAAGAAUAAGUUAUUUGAGAAGGCAAAUUCACAAAUUUUAGAAGAUUUAAACCCAGAAGAUUAUAUCCCACAGGAUAGACUAGAGAUGUAUGAACAAAUAAGUGAUCAAGAGCCAAUGAAUCGCCGUAAUUAUUUUGAAAGUGAAGAUGAUGAAGAUGAAGAGGAUGAAGGGGAUUACAAUGAUUCUGGCUUUAGUUCAGAAUCAAAUUCAUAUCUAGUACUUAAUGAAUCUGAUGAAUUUGAAGACACAAGUAAAAGUUCAGGUAAUAACACCAAAUCUGAAAGUCAAAGUAUCGAUGAAGAAAGAGAUUUUAGGAUGUCAAAUAGAAUAAAGACGUUGAGUACAAUAUUUUCAAUAUUGUCAAAUAAUCAAGAUAUAAAUCACCCAUUAUCAGAAGACUGUGCUAAUUUACUUAUUGAGAAUUAUAAAUUGAAAUUUGAUCAAAGUCAAAAGGAGAAAGAUAAUUAUUUAUUGUUUCUUAAAAAGUUAAAAGAUAAAGACAGUCAGUUGAAUUUAUACGUCCGAGAAAAUGACCAAACAGAAGGGGAAGAAGAAAACAAAGUUAAUCCAGAUUUACUACAUCAAGAUUUGGACCAAAAAUUAGCUGAAUCUAUUCAAGAGUUUCAAAAAUUGAGUACUUUGGAAAUGAAAAGUUUAAAAGAAUUGAAAUUUUUAGAAAAUCAGAAACUUGAAUUGGAGAGCCAACUAAAUGACUACGAGAAACAAUUGGAUCAUCUUCGAAAGAAUGGAUUGAAUGAUAUUUUGAAGUUGAAAAAUAAGCUACAAAUAGAACUUAAUGAAAAGAACAAGAGGUUGGAACAAUCAAAGGCAGCUUAUGAUGUACAAUUGGAUCACAUUGAUAAGCUAAGAAAUCUUAACAUUUACAAUCGAAUUUUCCACAUUUCCUGUGAUAGCCAAGACAAAUUUGCUACGAUUAAUGGAUUUCGUAUUGGUCAUAAAAUCAUAUGGCCAGAAGUAAAUGCAGCUUUGGGUCAAAUUGUAUUAUUGUUGGUGUUUCUUGUCAAACGUUUGGAAUUAAAUUUGCAAUCCUAUAAGUUGGUGCCAUUAGGAUCACAAUCUCAGAUUAUCAAAUUUAAUAAUCAAACAAAUGAAGAUGGUUCAAGUAAAUUAAAGACUGUUCUUAAUUUAUAUUCAUCAGAUGAAUUUUCCUUGGGUAAAUUGUUUAACUUUAAUAAGUUGGAUAUUGCAUUAAUUGCCUUAUUGGAUAUUGUUGCUAUUAUUGAGAAGAAAUUAUUAUUGAUUGAUCCAGAAAUUGUCCUACCUUAUAAAAUUCAAAAGGAUACCAUCGGUGGGAAAAGUAUCCGAGUUACAUCUAAUUCCGAUUGGACUUCUAGUUGCAAAUUUUUGUUAACUAACUUGAACUGGAUUCUAACAUUUGUAAGUGUACAUACUUCUGUCGAUGAUGAUGUAUAA